AUGGGUAGGCAAGAUGAUUAUCCAAAUUCAACUUCAACCAUGGUGAAGAACUCUUCCAUUGCUCUUCUUCAAGAAAGGUUUAGACAGUUGGAGAAAGUGAAAGAAAGAAGAGAAGAGAAACAGCUUCUUAGGUUGUUGUCAUCAUCAGAGACCAACACAAACACACAACAAAGGUUGAUGGUUAGGUCAAGUUAUGACCAUGAUUCUCUUUCUCUUGGACUCAACUUGACUAACAAGCAAGGUGAUAAGAACAAGAUGAAAUCAAACACUUCUUUGAGGGAAUGGUCACAAGGUGCAUCAUCAUCAACAUCAAGAAAUUUUGAUGCCUCAGAUGUUGAUACUUCACUUCAUCUAUAA